AUGGAGAAGUCUCGGGACUCCUUCCAGGAUUCUCCGUCCGACUAUCCCAGCGAUGAUAUUUCCGUGCUCUGCGACCGGGAUGCCUACGCCACUUUACCCUACGAGGCGGAUGACUCCCCGUUCCCCGAAGUGCGGGCGGUCGUCCAGCCUGUCAAUGACCGAACUCUGCCGGUGAAUACCGUGCGCAUGUGGGUCAUCGGUCUAGUAUUCACCAUUGUACGGCUCGAUGCGCUCGUUGACCGUGAUUCCUGGCUAACGGGCAGUCAACAGGUCGGCAGUGGAUUGAACCAGUUCUUUAGCUUGCGACAACCGAGUGUGACCAUCAGCGCGCUCGUGGCACAACUGCUGGCAUUCCCCGUGGGCUGCGCAUGGGCAAAGUGGAUGCCUGUCGGCGUACUCAACCCCGACCGGCACUUCAAUAUCAAAGAGCAUGGACUGAUCACCAUCAUGGCCAACGUCUCGUUCGGGUCCGCCGCUGCCACCCAAGUCAUCGAGGCUGUCGUCAAAUUCUACCACAUGCCGUCGGACGGUGGGUUUGAAGUCCUGUUGUGCAUCACCACCCAACUGUUUGGGUUUGGACUGGCCGGCAUGACCGCGCGCUGGCUGGUCGGUCCGGCCUCGAUGAUUUGGCCGCAGGUGCUGUCAAAUGCUGCGCUCUUGACCACUCUCCACUCUCGAGUCAAUGCCAUCGCCGACGGCUGGCGCAUCACCCGUCUCCGCUUCUUCCUCGUGGUGUUUGUGGGCGGCAGUAUCUGGUACUUCGCACCGGGAUACCUUUUCACCGGUCUCAGUACCUUCACCUUUAUCUGCUGGAUCGUGCCGUCGAAUGUGGUGGUCAAUCAGUUGUUUGGACAGACUACCGGGUUGGGCAUGUCCGUCUUGACCUUUGACUGGGCACAGGUGGUCUAUGCCAACCAGAGCCCACUGCUGGUCCCCUUUUGGGCCGGGAUGAACGUCAUGGGGUCAUUUGCGCUCUUCUUUUGGCUUAUCUGUCCCAUUCUUUACUACACCAACACUUGGUACUCGGCGUACCUGCCCCUUCUGAAUUCUAAUACCUUUGACAACACUGGGAAGACAUAUGACACCAGCCGUAUUAUGAAUUCCGGUGGCACAGUCGACCAGGGCGCCUACCGGGACUACUCGCCUAUGUUUCUUCCGGCUGGCUAUGCAGUCACGUUUGGUGUCGCCUUUGCAAACUUGACUGGGAUAUUUUUCCACGUGGGGUUGUACCACGGCAAGGACUUGUGGCGCCAGUGGAAAGGCACCAACAAGCCCGACAUCCAUGCUCGGCUCAUGUCCGUGUAUUCCACCGUUCCAUGGUGGUGGUUCGUUGCCAUCACCGUCCUCAUGUUCGUGUUGAGUAUUGUGACGAACGAGGUCUGGCAUACGGGGCUGCCGGCGUGGGGUGUGCUGGUCGCUUUUCUGCUGCCCAUGGUCUACAUUAUUCCCGUGGGCAUCAUCAAAGCCGUGACCAACAUCAGCAGUAAUCAGCUAAAUCUGAUCACCGAGUUUAUCGGGGGAUAUGCUUUUCUGGGCCAGCCCGUGGCAAACAUGGCGUUUAAAUUCUACGGCUAUGUUGCCAUCCAACAAGGACUGGAGUUUGUUGCUGACAUGAAAUUGGCCCAUUACCUGCACAUUGCGCCACGAAUGUUGUUUUUGGCACAAGGACUCGCUACGCUAGUGGGUGCGAUCGUCCAGUGUGGCGUCACGGUGUUUAUGAUCACCCGCAUCGGCGGUGUCUGCACGUCUAAUGCAGAAGGGAAUUUCACUUGUCCUCAUGGCCGGGUCACCUACUCUUCAUCGCUAAUCUGGGGUGCUGUUGGUCCAGGUCGAUUGUUUUCGCCCGGGGAGAUCUAUGGAAACCUGCUCUGGUUCUUUCUCGUGGGUCCCGUGGUUGUCGUCAUCACUUAUUUCCUGGGCCGUCGGUGGAAACUCGUGAACUAUCUCUCAUGGCCGGUAGCCUUUGGCGCCAUGAGUCUGGUUCCUCCGGCUACUGGGGUGAACUUCUCCUCGUGGUGGGUGGUCAACGUUAUCUUCAACGGUGUGGUCCGUCGCCGCAAGCCAGCAUGGUGGUCCAAAUAUAACUAUAUCUUGUCUGCCGCGCUGGACUGUGGUGUUGCGGUGUCCACGGUCAUCAUCUUCUUUUGUAUCACCCUUCCGGCCGGCUCGCUGAGUUGGUGGGGAAACACCGUCUACACUACCACCGCCGAUGGGAAAGGCACACCCUACAAGGAUAUUCCAGAGCGAGGCUACUUUGGGCCCUCCAAGGGGGCAUGGGUGUAA